UCCCAACAGCAUUUUUCGCGCUAGCGUUUGACUCUCGCUCGAUCACUCGACCACUGCCCGAAUGAUCGAUGGUCGACGCUCCGGACGGCGGUGUGCGCGCCAACGGCGAGGCCACCUCCUCCCACUCAUCUUCCGUCGAGGAGGAUGCUCCCCCGUCCGUACUCUGCGGCUUCGUCAAUGGUGGGCAGCCACUGUCCCGGCGCCCCCUGGACGACGCGACACGCCCCGGUGAGACAUGGUGGCCGCGCCAGACGACGGAGGACGCCGCGCACCGCCUGGUGGCGUGGACAAGGGACAGCGGCUCCGUCCGCGCGCUGCUCGUCGUGUCGGUUGGAUCCGUGGCCUCCGUACCGCUGACUGUCCUCCUGGUCUUCACGUUCCUCCUCGCGGCGGCGACGACGACCGCCAUUGUCACUUCGAUCGUCAUGUCCCUGGCUGCCGCCGGAGGAUUCAUGUCCGUGCUGUUCGCUUUCGCGGCGGCGAUGUACAUCGGGGCAGUGUCAGUCGCCGUCCUUGUUAUUUCAGCAAUGACCGUGGCAACAGUCGUUGCCAUCACGAUUGCCAGUGGUUGGGUCGCGUUCUUCUGGAUUCUUUGGUUUUCUGCUAAGAAAUGCAUGGGCCUUGCUUAGUUCUAAGAGAUCAGUAGGCACGACAAGCUAGCGAUCAGAUCUACGGCUGUCUGUAUAAGAUAGAUAAAAUCAUUGCAAUGAUGAGAACCAUGUGAAGCUUGGCAUCUAGCUAGCUAUGUGAAUAAUAGGUUGCUCUUUCUUUACAACAGCGUAGAUCAGGGGUUCAGGUAAAGUUCGUCCUGGCAUAUGGUUUUGUUGUUAGUUUCAGUCAUGACCCAAAUCUUGCUUCAUAGGGUCGCCUGCCCUGAAUGCAGAAACUUAUUUCUUCCACUAAGGCGGAGUAUAUUCAACAUGAGCUCUUUUAUGGUACCCCCUCCCCCUCCCCGCGGGUUGCAUUGGGGGCGCAUGGGUAACAUGUCACACCAAAAGUAUACUACUGGAUUCAUACAUACAUAUUAAGUUUUUAAAUAUAUAUUUUUGUCGCAUAUAAUAUAUAUUUGGUUAGUCAGAUUGCCGACCUACACACAUACCCUAUGCCCCCUCCGGAGGUAGUACCCUGUAAUGG